CCCCCUGGUGGACAGGAUGAAGAAAAUCAAGAGGCAGCUGUCUAUGACCCUGCGAGGGAGCCGGCCCGCUGAGAAGAACCUGUCCGAGGUGACCGAGCCGGUCAAUAUAGAGGACAGCGCUGCCAGCGACAACGAACCCAUGGUGAGGAAUGGGAAGCCAGCCGGCUCCCGCAGCAUGCACUCCUUCCUGCACCAGUAUGCCUCCAGCGCGGCCGCCUCUCUCCGCAAACCUCCCCUCCAUCGUCCGCACAGCACCGUGGGGCGCAGCCUGAGCUCCUACCUCAACCGAAACAGCCAGCUAGAGAUCGUGCACGAGGAUCUGAAGAUGGGCUCGGACGGGGAGAGUGACCAGGCGUCGGCCACCUCCUCGGACGAGGUCCAGUCGCCGGUCAGAGUGAGGAUGCGCAACAACCCCGCCCGCAAGAUCUCCAGCGAGGACAUUAACAAGCGUCUCUCCCUGCCUGCCGACAUCAGGCUUCCUGAAGGUUACCUGGAGAAGUUCGCUCUCAGCAGCCCCCCGUUUGACAAGCCCCUGAGUCGACGUCUCCGCAGGGUCUCUCUGUCUGAGAUCGGGUUCGGAAAGCUGGAGACGUACAUCAAGCUGGACAAGCUGGGAGAGGGCACCUACGCCACAGUGUACAAGGGGAAGAGCAAGCUGACUGAUGACCUGGUGGCGCUGAAGGAGAUCAGGCUGGAGCACGAGGAGGGGGCUCCCUGCACAGCGAUCAGAGAGGUCUCCUUGCUGAAAGACUUGAAGCACGCCAAUAUCGUGACUCUGCACGACAUCAUCCACACAGAGAAAUCCCUGACCCUGGUGUUUGAGUAUCUGGAUAAGGAUCUCAAGCAGUAUCUGGAUGACUGUGGCAACUGCAUUAUGAUGCACAAUGUGAAGUUGUUUCUGUUCCAGCUCUUGAGGGGGCUGGCAUACUGCCACAGCAGAAAGGUCCUGCACCGUGACCUCAAACCACAGAACCUGCUGAUCAGCGAAAGAGGGGAGCUCAAACUGGCUGACUUCGGUCUGGCCCGUGCCAAGUCCAUCCCCACCAAGACGUACUCAAACGAGGUGGUAACUCUGUGGUACCGCCCCCCCGACAUCCUGCUGGGAUCCACAGACUACUCCACGCCCAUAGACCUGUGGGGGGUGGGCUGCAUAUUCUACGAGAUGUCCACAGGACGGCCGCUGUUCCCCGGCUCCACUGUGGAGGAAGAGCUGCACUUUAUCUUCAAGCUGCUGGGAACCCCAACCGAAGAGACUUGGCCAAGAAUCACCCUAAACGAGGACUUCAGAUCGUACAACUACCCCAGAUACAGAGCGGAUUCACUCUGCAGCCACGCGCCCAGACUGGACAGCGAUGGUGUAGAUCUGCUAUCCAGGCUUCUCCAGUUUGAAGGCAGGAACAGAAUAUCUGCAGAGGCUGCGAUGAGACACCCUUACUUCCGCUCGCUGGGAGAGAGGAUCGUCAAACUGCCCGACACUACUUCAAUAUUUGCACUAAAGGAGAUCCAGCUGGAGAAGGAUCCAGACUUCAGAACAGCUUCCAUACCUGACUCAGUAUCUUCCUCUGACGCUGGCACUGAGUAUUUCCAGUCGUCCAAUCAGAUUCGAGCUGGCCACGAGCAUGCGCGCUGCUCGUCCUAAAGCUGCAUCCUCAUUGGCUGUAACCAAGCGCCAGCUCUGCAGCCUCCAGCAGCAAGUCCAGAAGACAAAGUGUGCUGUUUUGAGAAAAUGAAAUAGUUAUCAUUGUUGUUAUUAUUAUUAUUAUUAUUAUUAUUUGAAUUGUGUGUUACGUCGAGGAACGUGUGGAGUUCUACAGAAAGGGGCGGGAGUUUUGGAACUCCAAGCCCGAUGACGUCACGGCUAAAGGCCAGCCCCCGCCCCGCCCCCUUUCCUGCACAACAUAAUGUUUUUGAUAAUAUUUUGACAUUCAUUUCUCUUUUUUUUUUAAACUGCUGCCAUGGUAGAUGUUCAAAAUGUUUUGUGUACACGAGAAAAUGAAGUAGACCCUUUUUGCUUUUUAAUCUUCAUCAGAUUUCAGCUUUGAUAUCGCAUAGCCGCUCACAUGGGCUGUACUGGUCUUCCGAGAGAAAUCGCAAGCUCGAUUGUUAGCUGUCAGUGUUAGUUUGGAUCUGGGUUCAGCUACAGCUCACAACAGAACCGUUUGCUGAUAUUCCAGUGUGAUUGUGUUGAGUUACAAUUGUGCGGCAGGAAUUACAAUUAUAAUGACACUAGAAUGUUACCCAAGCCACUCCCCUCGUUACCCAAGCCAUUCCCCUCGUUAACCAAGCCACUCCCCUCGUUACCCAAGCAACAGUCCCAGCUACACAUACAGCCACAGACUAGAGAACUUUUACUGAUUUCAGUCUGGUGAGGUCACCAAACGUGGUUUGAAACUAGGAGAGUAACGAUGGCUCUCUGACAAGCAUGGAACUGAAAGUGAUCGAUUGAAAGCUUGGAACGGUGCCGAAUUGAAGUGUAAUUGAUAGAGUUACAAUUAUGCAGGUGUGCCAAGAUUCAAUUACAAAUACUAUUCAGAGUUGCAGCAGCAACAUUUUAAACAGUGUGAUUGUGUGCGUGUGCGUGUGUGUGUGUGUCAGUCAGAUAGGCUGUCAGUUCCAGUAAAUCAGAACGGAAUACUGAAUUUCAAGAGGGUGUUUGUGUUAAUAUUUGUAUAUUGUGGCUAAAAUAGUUUGUCCUUUAAUUCGUGUUCUUACAUUCCGUCCACAUAAGGAGAUGGUUUGAAGAAUACACAGUGCUGACAGAGAUGGGAUGACUCCCUUCGUUACUGGUUUUGCUGGUUUGUCCCACUCCAAACGUUUUGGGUUUUUUUUUUUUCUAAACAAGCAUGUCUCCUUGUUGUGCUGCAAAACAAGGCAGUGGGUUUGAGGAGCUCAGUGGUUAGAUAAAGAAAGCGCUGGGCUGCAGUGUGGAAGGCAGUGGGUUUGA